AUGGAGUCACUGCCGAAAGUCUCAUCGAGGAGUACGCUGCCAGUUCUAACGGCUCCAAAGCCGUGGAAUUAUCAUCUCACGCUCGAUACUCUUCUCAAGGUCUGCGGCAAGACAAUCUUCAGCCCAUUCAUCGGCUGGGUCAUCGUCCUUUGUCUCCGCGCCCAAGUCACACCAGUAACAGACACUGCAUUCAUUUUGUCUGUGAUAUAUGCUACCACACUGACUAUACUCCUUGUUGCGCGAGUUAUCAACCAGCGUAUCGCCUACGGGGUUCCACGCCAGGUUGACCCGGCGAAUGAGGUGGUAUUGGUGACCGGCGGCGCCAGCGGGCUUGGGCUUCUGAUUGCGCAGAUAUAUGCUAUGAAGGGAACAAGUGUGGCAGUCAUGGACAUCAGGAAAAUGAGUGACAAGGAGCAAGAUGAGGUGUUUGGUGAGAAUGUGCACUAUAUUACAUGCGACGUGGGCGAUCGCCGUGCUUUGGAGAGCGCCAAAGAAGAAGUCGAACAGCAGCUGGGCCCUCCGUCUAUCAUCAUCAACUGUGCUGCAGCCGGUAUCCACGGCAGGCCUCUUUUGCACUUGCCUGCGCAAGACUUUGAGAAGACUGUCCGAACGAACUUGAUGGCCGCCUUCUCCCUAUAUCAGACAUUUGUUCCUAAUAUGAUGACGGAGACCGAAAACGGAGGUACCAUCGUGACAGUCAGCUCAGUGCUGGGACAAUUAUCUCCAGCAGGGCUGUCAGACUACUCAGCAAGCAAGGCAGGGCUCAGCGCGCUGCACCGGACAAUGGAAGCAGAACUUCGAGGAGAAGAGCACAUCAAAUUCUUGCUUGUUGAGACGGGACAGAUGGCCACGCCGCUCUUUGGUUGGAUCCGUACUCCAAGCCAUUUCUUUGCACCUGUGCUGGACCCACUCGAGGUUGCUCGCGAAAUUGUGGAUGCCGUAGACAGCGGCCGCGGUGGUGUUGUGAGGUUGCCCACAUUUGCGACACUUGUCAGUUGGUACGCUGUGUUGCCUGGGGCAAUACAGCUUAUCGCACGAUACCUGAGUCGCAUUGACAACGCCGUCGCUUCGGCUACCCCGCAAACUGAGAGAAGAGAGACUAGAAUCUCACAGCAGACCGAAAAGAAGGUAGACUGA